AAAUGUGUUAAAACUAAUAGACAGCAGUAAAAUCUAGUUCCGCCACUGACUCGUUCAAUUGCUUAUCCGUCAAUUCACGAAUGUGUACGAACACCAUACGAACAGCAGAGAGGGUUUGUAUAUGUGCGACACAAAACAACGAGCCCAGUACUCUCUAUAGGGAGGGUAUUCUAUGCUCUAUACAUUUAAACCUCCUUGUUCUUUCCCAUUCUUCCCUGACCCGUGAUUGGUUUGGUUGUUGGGUUGGCCGUUCCCGUUCCCACUUUGACAGCUUUGACAUUUAAGAUUAAGACACUUGCUCAUUUGACAGGUGACACCCACAACAAACAAGUAGUUCACAAAAACGAUCUUUUUAUGUAUACACUCAUGAAAAUUGAAAUAAAAAAUCACAGCUUAAUUGUCGUUGAUGUAUUUUGCAACUAUCAGUGAUGUUCACCUGGACCUCCCUCGAAAAUACCUCCACAGCCAAACUCAGAAACGUCCGUAAAUGCAAAAACUGCACUUACAUCACAAAAUGCCCCCUUGUUAUUCAUAGGCAUCUCUCGUCGAAACCCUUCAAGUGUACAGAAAAACGUUUAUCCACCUAUCAGUGCCAAAAAAACUGCCACUUCAAAACAAACUUUCUCGUCUUUUUAAAACAACACUUAAAAGACUAUCACAAAACGGGAAUAAAAGAUUAUGACCAGCUCCCAAGAUAUGAGUUCAAACUGCGUAAUUUCUCGUGCCACAAAUGCACGUUCCGUACUUAUUCCCUCCUCCAUUUUUACAAGCAUCGGAAAAAAGACUGCCAAUAUUCCCUAGCGACCAUCCCCAGACAAAAACGCGCUCCUCGACAGGUCAAGUUCCACCAAUGUGACCAAUGCGCCUUUGCAACCAAACGAAAAUGCUACUUGAAAACUCACACCCGUCUAAGGCACCCCACCGACGAAAACGUCCAACUUUUCCAGUGCCAACACUGCAAUUUCGAGACUAAGUGGAAAAUCGGGUUGCGCAAGCACGUUCUGUAUAAACAUACAGCUGCGGAUGCUGUGAAGUGGUACUUUUGUGAUCAGUGUACAUACAAAGCCAAGACGAAUUACGAUUUAACGGACCAUAGGAUGUGGAAGCACAUGUCUGCGGAGGAGGUUAGGUGGUUUCAGUGUGCGCAGUGCCCCUACCGAGCCAAGAAAAAGUCCAAGUUGAGGCAGCAUGAAAGCACCCAGCAUGUGGAUGAGAAGGAUAUUGUGUGGGUGGUGUGUGAUGAGUGUGGGUUUAAAACUAAAGCAAAGAGUAACUUAAGGGCGCAUAAGCUGGCGAGACAUACAGCUAGGGAGGAUAUUAAGUGGUUCGAGUGUGAUCAGUGCGAUUAUAGGGGGAGGUAUCGGAGGAAAUUAGAGCAGCACGUAGUGGCACGGCAUGGGAGUCAAGUUUGAAAUAAAUUAUUUUCAAGAGUGAGUUGUUUUUGUUUUGUUUGUGUAGAUUUAUGUGUUUUUUUAUGACGAUGUAUGUGGGUUACUAUAGCGAGGUUACAUUUUUUUGUUAAAAUAUAUGGAAACGAGUUGAUUCGUAAAAGUCCCAUAAAAUGGCGUGAUAAUUUUGUGAGUAUUUGCCAAACAGAAAUACAUAAAUAAAUAAACGAAAAAACAACAACAAAAUAAACAUUAACAAUUGAUAUACAUUGCAUUAAAAUAAAUUUGUAGAAUUGUUUUUCAUGUAAUAGCAUAGUGAAGAUUAUCGCUGUUGGCUAAUUAGUAAUUAGUAAGUCUUAUUAAACCCUUUAAAUUUUCAGGAAUAAAAUUAUACAAGAAUAGCUAUUUACGUUUAUAGAUUUCAUUUCGGUGUUUAUUAAUAGCAUAUAAUUCAGACUUGACAUCUUAUGAACAUCUUGCGCAAUACAAUGCCACCCGUUGAAUUCAUUAAAAAAAAACACCCUGAUUACAUAAUUUAAUUAUUCUAAAAUUAACACCUGUCCACUUACGGAUUGUCACUUUAAAGUUUAAUAACAGUGGAAAGAAACUGCAACUGAUGAAAUGAAAGGUAACCUUAAGUUAUUUCACCCUAGAAUAAAUCACUAACUGACAGUGGCAUCAUUGCAAAGAACAAAGACAGAAAAUCGGCGGUCUCUUUUUUCAUGCGACAUUGAUAUUUCUAGGGAAAUUUUUAAGGUCGGUUGCAACGUCGAUACAUGCCCCCGACUGCCACCCCACAAAAGAGGUGGGAAGUACACUUUUUGAAAUACAAGGAGACGCACUAGAAAUUCAAAGAAGUUAAAAAUAAUCGAAAAUAAUUAACACUGAUUUCGUCCUUUUGAUAUAGAUAGUAGUUUAAAACGCAAUUAUAUAAUUAAUUACUGAUUGUAAUAGCACAAAUAACAAUUAAGUGGGUAAUUGUUACCUUGCUUGCUUGGCACAAACCUUCGUCACCUUUUGAAACCUUUGUAAUUAGCGAAAUGUGAAAAAAUAAUCAAAAUGAAUCAACUUGAGAAAAUUUAGGUUCUCGAAAAGUGGCAAUUCGUGGUGCCACUAAUUACUACAGAGUUAAAAAUUGCAUAAUAUAAAUUAUUUAACACUUUCGUUUAAUUAAUACUUAAUUAUAAAAAAAUAAACUAACCGGUUUUCUAUCAUCAAGCUACCAACGUAGAAUAUCUAUAAUAUUACUUAAUUACACAAUAAAUAACCAUUUUGCCCUUUAUACAAAAAUCACAAGAUCACACCAUUAAUUACACCUGCGUCGAGGUCGCUUCGCACAAAUCCCCCAUGACUACCAAAGCUAAACAUGUUCGCGAUCAGUGAAGAAGCAAAGAAGAGAGUCUACGAAAUUUUCAACCGAACCGAAGAAAUGGUCAAAGAAGAUGCACAAACCGUGAAAGAGUGGAUGAAAAGCCAGCCCCAUCUCCCCGAGAUCUUGAGUGAUACCCAGAUCAAAAAUUUCCUUAAUUUGAACAAGUUCAGUUUAGAAAAAGCCAAACAGAAAAUCGACAUGUAUUACACCAUGAGGAGUCUAAUGGCAGAUUUCUACAGUGUGAGCAAUCCAAAACUAGAACGAACUCAACGACUGCUGGACAAAAUGCACGUUUGCACUUUUCCCGAGGCUCUGGAUGGUAUUCACAGGGUGAUUUUCAUUAAAGUGAAGGAAAGUGAUGUGCUGGAUAUGGAAACAUUUACAGCGUUGCUGUUUGCUGUGUUUGAAGUACGAAUACAUGAGGAUUUCAUGUUUAGUGAUAUCUUAAUCUUGGAUAUGGAGAAUGUUAGUUUGAACGAUGUGAGGAAAGUUACGCCUAGUUUGUUGAAGCAGCCGAUUAUUCUGUACCAGAAAAUCUACUCGUUUCGUUUGAAGAAACUAUAUUUCGUGAAUAGUUCCCCGUUUAUUUCUUCUUUAAUAUCUCUUUUGAAAAUGAUCUUGAAACCGAAACUGUUCGAAAGAGUUGAGAUCCACGAAGAUGAUCAAAUUCUGUACGAAGUUUUUACAGAUGACCAAAGACCUAAGGAAUUUGGAGGGAAGGGACCGUCUUUGCAGGAACUCAGCGACAACAUGAGGAAGAAGUUCUCUGAUUAUCAAGAAAGGUUCGAUCUUUUGGAUACGUUGAGGAUCGACGAGAGUUUGAGACCGGAGAAACUGGAUAAUGAUGAAAUUUUGGGAUUUUACGGGCACUUUAGGAAGCUAGAUAUCGAUUAAAGAGACCUUCUAGCAGAAUUUAGACGAAAUAGAAACAAUGUUGCACUUAUCGUCGCCAAAAAAGUGACGUAAACUGGGAAUUAUCUAAGCACAAGUCAAAAUAAAUUUUUUUCUAAGUU